AUAAACACCUUCUCAAAAACAUAUCUUCACACUUCUUCAGUGUAACCACAAAGCACACUUCCCACGAAUCUCAUUUUCUCUCUCUAUUAUUUUUUCUUCAUUUCUCACCGGAGCUCCGGUAGUCCGCCGUCGGUCGGAGUUAUGGGAGCGCCAAUUUUAUCAGAUCUCGGAACGGAGAUUUUGAUUCCGGUAUGUGCCGUCGUCGGCAUCGCUUUCUCGCUUUUUCAAUGGUUUCUCGUCUCUAAAGUGACGCUCAGUAUUGAUAAGUCCUCCGCCGCCGCCGACGAUAAGAAUGGUUACGCUGCUGAAUCGCUCAUUGAAGAAGAAGAAGGCAUUAAUGACCAUAGCGUUGUUCAGAAAUGCGCCGAAAUUCAAAACGCCAUUUCUGAAGGUGCAACAUCAUUCCUUUUUACUGAGUACCAGUAUGUUGGUGUUUUCAUGGUUGCUUUUGCAAUUUUAAUCUUCCUUUUCCUCGGGUCUGUUGAGGGUUUCAGCACAAAGAACCAACCCUGUACAUAUGACACCACCAAAACUUGCAAGCCCGCUCUUGCCACUGCUGUCUUCAGCACCGUAUCUUUCUUGCUUGGUGCUGUUACAUCUGUGGUGUCCGGGUUUCUUGGAAUGAAAAUUGCUACAUAUGCAAAUGCCAGAACUACCUUGGAGGCUAGAAAAGGUGUUGGGAAGGCUUUUAUUGUUGCAUUCCGAUCUGGUGCUGUGAUGGGUUUCCUUCUUGCUGCAAACGGUCUUCUGGUUUUGUACAUAACCAUCCUUCUAUUUAAGUUGUACUAUGGUGAUGACUGGGAAGGUCUUUUUGAGGCUAUAACAGGUUAUGGGCUUGGUGGAUCUUCAAUGGCCCUCUUUGGUAGAGUUGCUGGAGGUAUUUAUACCAAAGCAGCAGAUGUUGGAGCUGAUCUUGUGGGCAAGGUGGAAAGGAACAUCCCUGAAGAUGAUCCUAGAAACCCAGCGGUUAUUGCUGACAAUGUCGGUGACAAUGUCGGAGAUAUUGCUGGUAUGGGAUCAGAUCUGUUUGGGUCUUAUGCAGAGUCAUCCUGUGCAGCUCUUGUUGUUGCUUCAAUCUCCUCCUUCGGUGUCAACCAUGAGUUCACUGCUAUGCUAUAUCCCCUUCUCGUCAGCUCUGUUGGUAUCCUCGUUUGUUUGCUUACCACCUUAUUCGCAACUGAUUUCUUUGAAGUCAAGGCUGUUAAGGAAAUCGAGCCAGCAUUGAAGCAGCAACUCGUUAUCUCAACUGCUCUCAUGACAGUUGGAAUUGCUGUUGUUACUUGGAUUGCCCUUCCAUCGACCUUCACAAUAUUCAAUUUCGGGGCUCAGAAAGAAGUAAAAAGCUGGCAGUUGUUCUUGUGUGUCGGAGUUGGUUUGUGGGCUGGACUUAUUAUUGGGUUCGUCACCGAGUACUAUACCAGCAAUGCUUACAGCCCUGUGCAAGAUGUUGCUGAUUCAUGUCGGACUGGUGCUGCAACAAAUGUUAUUUUUGGCCUUGCCUUGGGUUAUAAAUCAGUGAUCAUCCCCAUAUUUGCCAUAGCAGUCAGUAUAUUUGUUAGCUUCAGCUUUGCUGCAAUGUAUGGCAUUGCAGUUGCUGCCCUAGGAAUGCUGAGCACUAUAGCCACUGGUUUGGCAAUUGAUGCAUAUGGUCCCAUCAGUGAUAAUGCAGGAGGCAUUGCUGAGAUGGCUGGAAUGAGCCACAGAAUCAGAGAGAGAACUGAUGCACUUGAUGCUGCAGGAAACACCACUGCAGCUAUUGGAAAGGGAUUUGCCAUUGGUUCUGCUGCUCUUGUGUCUCUGGCCCUCUUUGGGGCAUUUGUCAGCCGAGCAGCAAUUUCCACUGUAGAUGUCUUGACACCUAAAGUAUUUAUUGGUUUGCUAGUCGGUGCCAUGCUUCCUUAUUGGUUCUCAGCCAUGACAAUGAAGAGUGUUGGAAGCGCUGCUCUUAAGAUGGUUGAGGAAGUGCGCAGGCAAUUCAACACCAUUCCUGGUCUCAUGGAAGGAACUGCCAAGCCUGACUACGCCACCUGUGUCAAGAUCUCUACAGAUGCAUCGAUCAAGGAGAUGAUUGCACCUGGUGCUCUUGUCAUGCUCACUCCAUUGAUUGUUGGAAUCUUGUUUGGCGUCGAAACACUUUCUGGUGUGCUUGCAGGAUCUCUCGUCUCCGGUGUACAGAUUGCCAUCUCUGCUUCUAAUACAGGUGGUGCCUGGGAUAAUGCUAAGAAGUACAUUGAGGCCGGAGCCUCAGAACAUGCAAGAACCCUUGGCCCCAAGGGAUCUGAUGCACACAAGGCUGCUGUGAUUGGUGACACUGUUGGUGACCCUCUCAAGGACACGUCUGGACCAUCAUUGAACAUUCUUAUCAAGCUGAUGGCUGUCGAAUCCCUCGUGUUCGCUCCCUUCUUCGCCACUCACGGUGGUCUUCUCUUCAAGCUAUUUUAAAACGAAUGCCACUCCUAGGUCACAUGACUGUCUCACGAAAUCUAUCGCUCCCUUUCUCUUCGUUUAACUACCUUUCCAGCAUUUUUCGUGUUUUUAGUCGCUAGAAUGUGGGCUGUGGAAGGAGAGAUAUUCACGACAAUGAGUGUUGAUGGUAAGGGUGAAAUGUUUUUGCAGAAUUCAGAAGAACAUCAAUAUUCUUUCCUAGAGUUAUUUGUAUCAGUUUCUUAAAUACCUUCUCGUCCUUGCCCGUUUCGGGUGUUAAUUUUUGAAUUUUUCUUAUG